UUAGACGCGAAAACGCGAAAACAUUCGAACUCAAUAAGGCGAUAUCACAACCAGUUGUAGCAAUGAUGUAGCAAUAUGAAAUUGUUUUCAUCUAUAUACAUUGUUACGACGAAGCAUUUUUUGCAUGUAAAACAAAUGAAUAUAUAUUUGUAAAAACGAAUGCUAGUAUACUAAUGAUUUUGUAGAAAGUGUCAAAUAGUCAGGUUAAGUUAGCCGAAUAUGGAAGCGUCAUUGCACCGGCGCUAAAGUUUGUUAUUGUCGUAUCGUAUUGAUUAUUGCUGUCGACCGUGUUUUAAAGAGAUACCGACAACGAUUUCGAGUGAAAACAAAUGAAUAAUCAGCAAGAAAGAAGUAAGAAAAGAUUAAAAAUCUCGUCCAUGCAGAAAAACAUUCACUGUGUUCUUGAUAAUUACAAUUCCACCGUAUUUCUUACUCGAAAGCGGCAGGUAACAGACUGGCAAAUGAAGGCUGAUCUAUAAUAGAAGUCACAUGCUUGUCUUUUAUUAACAAGUACAUAUCUAGUAUUAUAAAUUUAAAAAUAUGGAUGCUGCCACUGAAUCAGAACUUAUAGACAAACUAGUGAAAGAAGCUGAAAGUUUAAAAAUACGACUGGAAGAAGAACGACAGAAAUUGAAUGAUAUUACUCUUGCCAGUGUUGCGGAUAGGCUUGAAGCAAUCAACUGUACCAAUGUGAAACCACGACGUGUUUUAAAAGGUCAUCAAGCAAAAGUCCUUUGUUCAGAUUGGUCGCCUGAUAAACGGCAUAUUGUGUCCUCUUCGCAGGAUGGCAAGAUGAUAAUAUGGGAUGCAUUUACAACAAACAAAGAACAUGCUCUUACUAUGCCAACAACUUGGAUUAUGGCUUGCGCUUAUGCUCCAAGUGGUACUCUUGUUGCAUGCGGAGGACUGGAUAAUAAAGUUACUGUAUAUCCUCUGAGCCAAGAAGACGACGUGUCAACGCGCAAAAAAACUGUCGCUACACACACAUCUUAUAUGUCAUGUUGCGUGUUUCCCAAUAGCGAUCAACAAAUUUUAACUGGUAGCGGAGAUAGCACGUGCGCUUUGUGGGAUGUAGAGAGUGGACAACUGUUACAAAGCUUUCUUAGGCAUUCCAGCGAUGUUAUGUCUAUUGAUUUAGCACCAAGCGAAACCGGUAAUACAUUUGUUUCCGGUAGUUGCGAUAAAAUGGUUCUGAUAUGGGAUAUGCGCACUGGUCAAUGUGUUCAAAGUUUCGAAGGACAUCAGUCUGAUGUUAAUUCUGUAAAAUUUCAUCCUGGUGGAGAUGCAGUUGCAACAGGUUCGGACGAUGCAACCUGUCGUCUUUUCGAUUUACGCGCCGAUAGAGAAAUAGCUGUUUACGCUAAAGAAAGUAUAAUAUUUGGGGCAAACGCUGUUGAUUUAAGUGUUAGCGGACGCCUGCUUUUCGCUGGUUAUAAUGACUACACUGUAAAUAUAUGGGAUACUCUGAAAUGCCAACGAAUUGCAUUUUUGUAUGGACAUGAAAAUCGAGUAUCAUGUUUACGAGUUUCACCAGAUGGAACUGCCCUCUCAACUGGAAGCUGGGAUUCAACUCUACGAGUUUGGGCUUAAUAUUGAUAAAACUACACUUGCCAUUUCAUUAUACUGUUAGAUAAAAUUCAAACAUUUCUUGGUGCAGAAUGUAAAUCUUGAAAACCUAUACAAUGAGAUUACUAUAUGUUGAUUUUAAGUAAAAUACUCUGGAAAAUAAUACGAUACAUGAGUUGUUGCAACGUAAGAGUACUGUUAUAGUCAUUACAGAUAUUAUAGCAGAUAAGUGAGAUUAGAAAUCGUGAUUGAAAGUCACGAUUAUAACAAUGUGAUAGUUUGACAUUAAUAAUUUUUAGGCUGAUCCUAAUUUAUAGGAAAUUGCGCGAAUAGUACAUCUAUUUAAUCGAAUAUGUUAUUACCCUAUAUAAAACUCAAUAAAACAUUGAUUCAUGCAUAUUCUAUGCGAUUAA